AUGUCGGGUGGCGAGCCAUCGCCGGGUACAGUAACCACAAUAGUGCACUCUGAUACCGAAGCUUAUAUGGUUUUUGAUUUCAACGACCCUAAAAUAGCAACAGUCAAUGCUGUUCGUGACGUUUUGAUAAACAGUGAUAUAAAUUUACCGGAAAAUUCAUCAUGGGAAACUAUACAAAUUUUCAUCAAACAUGAAGGUACCGGGAUAGAUGUUGUUCUUACUGACCGUUAUUUGCAUAAGGUUCAUCCUUGGCAAAAUAAUUCAUUAGCACCGAAAACAGUGGAACUCACUGUGAAAGACAAACCACUGAAACUGCAAGCCAGUCUACAAUUGGUGGCGCCACCUGAUAUGACUCAAAAUAAUGUUCAGCAGACACUCAAUUUAUUUAUGCCAGAAGAAUGGAAUCAGUUAUUGGAAGACAUAGAUCCAAAAGAUGUGGUUAAUAUUUUGAACGAAUCCUUACUCAGCCAAGAUCAACUUGACGACGGCGCAUCGCUUACUGGAACAGACCCCGCGGGAGAAACUGCCGACUCCAGGAUUGCAGCAUUCCACAGACUUCGCUCGACUUCAGGAGAACUCCAAGAGGGCCCCAAGGGGCCACCGCUCGAGUUCAUUGACGAUCUUAGAAAAGAUCAGCGAUUACAGUAUUCGAGCGAUUUUCGAAGUGCAGUAAUGCUACAAGGACGCAAAAGUAUUCCGCAAAAUGUAGAACAUCCAUCAUUGCAGAUACCUGACGCAUACGUUGAGCGUAUUGAAGCUGGCGUCCCAAUGAAGCUGAUCGUAGCAGUUGUUGAAGGAAGGCCUAUCCAUGAAAAGGCGCGUUGCUGUCUAGCUCCACAUCGCGGCCUCUUACCGAACAGCCGUGAAAAAUUUUCGAAAGCCAAGGAAUUCUACAACCCCUUUAUUUGGCCAAUCCAAAAGGAGCAGCUGACAAAAAUAGAUGAUGAAAAACAAAACAAAAUAACUGUGAUGACACUGAACCUACACCUCUUCCAAUCGAAGGACGUGACACAUGAUUACAAUCCAACGCCGGUUCCUUUCGACAAAAAUUUCGAAUUGAAAGAAGUGCACCCAGUGCCUUUUCGGGUCGAAAUACCCUCCAAUCAAACAACAACAACAAGUCAUAGGAAACGUCCUUCGAAUGCUUUCCAUGAAAGUCCAUUGCGUAUUAAGUGUCUUUUGCAAACUAAUGACAAUGGAUUGGAUUGGAAUACUUGCUGUGAAUCGAAUAUAUUUUUCACUAAACAACGCAAAGGAGAAGAACAGAAGUCCACAAAUCGUUCCUUGCCUCAACAACAAUGCCAAGGAAAAAAACGGAAGCGCGAAAGCAGCUCCUCGCGACAGUAA